AUGGAAGAUAAUCUAUGCAAGAGAGGGUCAGAGAUUUCAAGAAACUCAUCGGUUGGAGUCUCUUCUAGAAUCUUUUAUUAUUACCAUCAUAGGAGUCUCAACGACGGAGUUCCUUUCAAGUGGGAGAUGCAUCCAGGAACUCCGAUUAAUCCUAAGCCGGAAGAAAUAGUUCCUCCGCUUACUCCUCCUCCGGCGCUUCUCAGCCGUGGCCUCACUAAACCCUCCUUCGGAGUAUUAGAUAAACAUUCUCUUUUUCCGGCGAAUCUUAAGCUAUGGAAAUGGAAGAAUAUUCGUAAUAGAUAUUUCUCUAAAUGGUCAAGCCAAAGCAUUCUUGGUCGAGACUAUAAGAAUGCUCGUCACGGUGAUUCAAGCUCUUGUGGUGAAUCGGAGAGAGUUGAGGAGUCUGAGGAUUACAUGUCGAGCUCUUUUUCUUCUUCAUCAUCAUCAUCUUCCUCAAAAGAUCGAAGAUUGGUAAAGGCAGCACCACGUCAAUGGUUUAGCGGCGGUCCACCUCGGAAUUUAAAGAGUACUCGUACCGGUUUUCGUUAG